AUGUAUAUCCGCAGGGGCCUUGAUCAACAACAACAAGAGCAAGAACGACAUCUACGUCUAUCUACUCGUUGCAUGGGAGUCAGAAUGAACAAGAUAGGAGAGAGGCGAAAGAGCAGGGCAACGUGGCAGAAGGCAGAAGUUGUCAACAAUAACCCAUAUGCCAACAACAAUUUGACUCGAGUGGAGACUAAUCGAAGUGUCUUUAAUGCUCCUGAACGUGGAGACUCAUUUGGUGCUGGUAAUGGUGGUGGCGGUGGUGGUGGCGGCGGUUUUGGUGCAAACCCAUAUGCCAAUAUCAACACAUUGCAAGUGCCUGGCGCGAACUCGGAAGCGAACCCAAAUAGAGCCCAGAGCAGAAGAUUGAGUAUUCACGUUGCAGCACACCAGAAUGGCCGGUCUUUUUCACAGGGUGGGGAAAACUUUGACGUGUCACGGGCUCCGCCACUCCCUGACAAGUUUGUGUCGAGGCCAUUGACCAUCAAGCAAAAGAUUUUUCAAGAGUUGGACCAGGGAUCGGCAGCCGAGAUUGAUGACUAUUACAAGACACUAUUGAAGCAGAACCAAAUCAUAACGCGAGAUAUCAAGGAAAACAUCAACCAAAAUCAAAAGAAUAUUUUGGAAUUGACAAAUGACUUGAAAGAGACCCAGGAGGAGUUGUUGAAUAUGAGAAAUACCACGAGCGAGCUUUUCAAAGUCUUGGAGGAGUUUAAAGAAACUGCCGAGCGCAGAUUGAAUUUGGAGUACGAGCCACAGCACCAGCAGCAACUACAACUGCAGGGAAAUGUGAAAAACGUGCAAAACAAGCUCAAGGAUAGGUCCUCUGUGCUUGUUCUUGAAAAUGCAUGGGCCAAGCAGAUACAAUCCUUGUUCAAAAACGUCGAAGGUGCCUCAAAGUUUAUUCAGCCUUUACCCGGGAGACACGUGUUGGCCGAGAGCGGCAGGUGGCAUGAAGUAAACCCCGGUACUUGGAAACGUGGCAACCCGAGCCACUUGUUUGUUUUAAACGACUUGAUCCUCAUUGCGGGCAAGAAUGCAGCAAGCAAUGCCAAUGGAGUUAUUGAUCCGAGGAACAGUGCGCGAAAGUCAAGUAAACUACAAGCACUACAAUGCUGGCCAUUGACUCAGGUUUCGUUAGCUCAGGUGAAGCCUCCCACGGAAAAGGACUCGUUGUACUUUAUCAGCAUCAAGACGAAAUCCUUGAGCUUCAUCUACCAGACUGAGAGGUAUGAGCAUUUGGUCAAGAUCACUGAUGCUUUCAACAAGGGCAAAAGCGAAAUGAUCCACGAGCAACGAGUGCAGCGUGGAAGCAUCAGCGUGGAGAAUAGGCGUCCGUUAUCAGUAAACGAGUCGAGAGACGAGAAACGACAGUUGAGAGAAAGUUUGAGAAAUUCAGGAUCACAUGAAACGGGUGGCAUAGUGGAUGAGCAGGGUAAGAGAAGAAGCGGUGGCGGCAUUGUGAGCAGAGGAGGAGGAGGAGGAGGAACCAUCCAUGGCAGCCCAAGCAAGAGAAACUCUUCCGAUUUUGUUCUCGAUGAUAUCAGUGCGCGAGUGCAUUCAAGAAACCGGUCGCAUGAUUUCGGCACCAGCGGUGGUGGUGGUGGCACGAUCAAGUAUUCCGGUUCCGUGAAUGGCAAAUCUGAUUUUUUCCACAAUAUCAAGAGAUUAGAAGACAGUCUAGACGAUGUCGAUAUCGAAAUCUCGCACAAUGAUUACCUGCACGCGGUCGACUUGCUCGCCACCAUCGAGUCGAAACUCUUGCAUUUCGAAGCAGUGUUGAAUAAACAGAAGAACACCAGUGUGGCAUCCAGUGCCGCUGACGAACUCUUGCUUAUUGAUGUCACAAAAUUCAAGAUUUCCAACAGGAAAGACGAGAUCAUCCAGUGCCUAUUUUUCGAUCUCCUGAAUAAAGUCUGCCAGUUAACGGCGCAGGAGAUAUCGCGAAUAAUCAAGAUUUUUGAUCAACUAGAUAGUCUCGAGCCUGGUAUCCAGGCCUAUUUGACCUCGACCUCGCUCCACCUUUCCAAUACGGUGUCGAAAUUGAUUGUGGGGCUCCAGGGAAGCACCAAGAUCGACGUGGUCAACUACUUGUCCAACUUGAUGGUGAUCAACGUGGCCAUCGUGAAGAGAACGAUUGAAAUCUACAAUUCGAAAAUCAUCCCCGUGUUGCGCAACUCGCUGACAAAGAGAAAAAACACGCUUGACUCGUCCGGGUUGAUAUUUUGGUGUCUAGAGGAGUUUACCAAGUUGUGCAAGACUAUAAAGAAGCAUUUGUAUGGUACAUUGUUGAUUAUCGAUGGGCACAACUACGAGACGGAUGAGCCCGUUUACAAGAUCAAGGAUGCUAAAUUGUAUGCUGAUUUCUUGAAUAUCAUGCACGAACAGUUGGAUGAGUUGAAGGAUGUGGGGUUGGAUGUGGAUUUCGUUUUUGAAAGUAUUUUAAACUUGGAAUAA